AUGGCGAUCCUGCGCGCGCGGCAGCGGCAGCAGAAUAUUGCCGACGAGCGCCGCAAAUGGCACGUCAAGCCGUGCACAAAGGAAGGCAAGGUGCGACUGCACGCGAUCGCUCGAGAGAGCACGGUAUUUUGCAUCGGCAGUUCGAAUUUGCUCGCUUUUUCCAAGGAAUUUCAAGCAAACAAGAGCGCUGUGACGGCGCUGACCGAGCAAGUCGCGCUCGUGUCGUCAACGGCGCAGCUGGAGCAAGCACAGACGAUGUUGAUGCCGCUUCUGGAUACGUUUACAAAAACGUACAACGGCGUGCACCAAGCCUUGCAACAGGUCCCCCCGCCCCCGCACGCUAUGGCGAGCGAGAGGUCGACCAGCGUCGAUCCGCCGCCAGCGACAGAUAUUGUGCUGAAGAAGACGAAGAAGACGAAGAAGAAGAAGAAAGUCGAGACAUCGGGGCAGCAGCGCCGGACACGAGAUGCGCACGUUCCGUGGUCGCUCCUCGAUCAGCUCGCGGCGGAGAAGACCAAGCUACAGACCGAGAAAGCUCUCGGUGCC